CCUUCCUGAUUUAUUUUGCUCAUUGGAGUAAAAGAGGUGUGCUCUGUUCUUUUCUUUUUCCUGCUCUUAUAAAGUGUCCAGAUUACAGUACAGUUGGCAGAAACAUACAGAGUUUGUUGAGUCGUCAUCUUGCAGGCAUCCAUAUCGUCUUUCAAGUCACCAAAAAUGCAUUCCCUCAGUGCAGCAAACUCUAAAUUUGCUUUGGACCUUCUCAACAAUCUGACCGAAGUCAACAGAAAUGGCAACAUCUUUUUUUCACCAUUGGGCAUCUCAUCUGCAUUAGGCAUGGUUCACCUAGGCUCUAGAGGCAGUACAGCAGGUCAGAUUGCCAAGACUCUACAUUUUGACACUGUUGGAGAUGUGCAUGCCAGCUUCCAGGCACUGAAUACUGAAAUCAACAAUCCAAGCAGUUCAUAUGAGCUAAAACUGGCCAAUCGCCUGUAUGGAGAGAAAAAGUAUGAUUUUCUUCAGGCAUUCAUGGAGCAUACCAAGAAGGUUUAUCAAGCAGAAUUAUCUCCAGUGGAUUUUCGGCACAAUAGCGAGAAAGUCAGAAAUGAAAUCAAUGCUUGGGUAGAAAAUCAAACUGCAGGAAAGAUAAAAGACCUGCUGGCUCCAGACGCAGUGGACAGUAAUACAAAACUUGUCCUUGCUAAUGCUGUAUACUUCAAAGGAACCUGGUCAAAGAAAUUUGAGGCAUGGAAGACACAUGACCUUCAGUUCAGAAAAACUAAGAAUGCCAAAGUAAUGGUACAGAUGAUGAACACAGAACAAGAUUUCAGGUACAACUACAUCAGUGAACUUCGCCUUAGCAUCCUUGAACUUCCAUACCUGAAGGAUGAGACAAGCAUGCUAAUCCUGUUACCUGAUGACUUCACUGAUGACUCCACUGGGUUAGAUCAACUGCAGAAAGAGCUAUCUUAUGAAAACCUAACAAAAUGGACAGGUCCUACUAACAUGCAGACAACAUUGGUGAAUGUUUCCCUACCAAAGUUUAGUCUGAAGGAGAGCAUUGAUAUGAUAUCCAUUCUGACUAAAAUGGGAAUAACUGAUGUCUUCACUGACUCAGCUGACCUUUCAGGAAUGACAGGAAAUAAGGAGCUCAAAGUUUCCAAAGUUGUUCACAAAUCAUUUGUGGAUGUUAAUGAACAAGGCACUGAGGCUGCGGCUGCAACAGGAAUCGUAUGUGUACCAAUGUGUGCGAGGCUGCCCAGGCCACACAAAGUGUUUCUUGCUGAUCAUCCAUUUAUUUUCUUUAUUUUGCAUAAAAAUACUGGGAGUAUCUUGUUCCUUGGUAGAUUCUGCCAGCCUUGAAGCUUGUAGACAUUUCUGAGUAUUACUUAUGCCUUAUUAAUGCAGAUAUGAAAGUUCAAACUAUAUAUAUAUAUAUAUAUAUAUAUAUAUAUAUUUCCUUUAUUUUACUUACCAAAUAGAGUUGAUAGUAAUGAUAAAUGACCACUGCAUUUCAUUUUAUUAACACUAUUAUACUUUUUUCACAUUUGAGAGUUCAGCAUGAGAGGUUCAACUGGGAUUCCAAGAUAAACUGUAAAGACGUCAUACCUGACCCCUGCCCUGCACUGUAUUUUGUAGUAAAUUGAUUUACAGUUUACUUAUGUUCAUUAAAAUGCAUCAUCUGA